UGAAAAAUUAAGCCGUUCGCAACCAGGUGCUUUCCAGAUGGUGUUUUACGGUGGAUCAAAAGAGGUACUGACAUCAGUGACAUCAAUCUGGACAAGAGCCCAAACACCAGUGGCUGAAAUGCAGCCUCAAACCAUGACAGAGCCUUCACCGUGUUUUACAGAUGGCUGUAGAAACUCACUGUUUUACGUCUAUCUUGACCUGCUGCCCACAGAUGUGCUCAGAAGUUUACAUAUGGGCAUAGCUGUCAGUCCAGUUCUUGUAUAAUUUGGGAUGCCUUACCCUUUUCACCCUCUUUCCCUUCAUUAUGAAUGGCUUCUUGACAGCCACCCUUCACAGAGACCAUUUCUGAUGAGACUUCAGUCAAGAGUAGAUGGUUUAACUGAAGCACCAGAUGUAUUCCUGAAAUCUUGUCUCAAGUCUUUCCUGGAUUUUUACCUAUUUUUUAAGGACAGAAGAGGCUUGGUUCAAAACUUUUACACAGCACCACAGAUAUAAUAAGAAAGGACGGAGAAAAAUGAAACAAACAAUAUGAAGUAUGUCUUUGUCUCAUCGGUCUCUCAUUCUGUAAAUUCCUGACAAGUAAGAGAACAUGCUGAACAAAAGGUUGUGAUGAGCAGGGGAAUUUAGUCAAUGAAUUCAUGUUGCUUGAAAUGUUAUUGUUACUUGUAUUUCACAACAUGUCACACCUUUAAAAUACCAUUUCUUUUUCCUGAUGGUAAAAUGUGGCUCCGGGCUAACAAUACCAGCACAUACAUCCUUUUUCCAUGCUGCCUUGGCUGUCUUGAAUCGUUCACUGCUCUGGUAUUCAUUGACUUGAAAAGUAUGUGAGUCAUGGGAUAACUGUUGUGUAGCACAAUUUCAAAGCAAAGAAGUUUUACGAUGACACAGAGAGAGGAGUUCCUUGGAAGGUGGGUUGUACACUAUAUAAACCUGUGCAGCAGAAGCAUUGGAGAGCAUCCAGGAUCCAGACUCAGAGAGACACCAACUGAAAACUGAACAGUGCACAGCCCUUAAAUACCACCCCGACAAACAGCUUCUACCUUAUAAAUUCUGAAAAAGUCUUAGCCAUCGUCUGUGAGACAAGUCCUGCAGAGAUGACUGCAUCCACAGAGAAACUGCGAGAGAGCUACAACCAGCAGGGCUUCCUCUCUGCACUGCCUGUGCUGAAUGAGACAGAGCUGAGGGAAGCCAGAGAUGCCUUUUCUAAGUUGGAGAUGGAAUUUGGUACUAAGUACACGCAGUACAGCCUUCACAAUGUUCACCUUCAGUAUCCAUGGGUGAUGAACCUGACCAAACACCCUCGCAUCCUGCAAGUGAUCACAGCUGUCUUGGGCCCAGAUGUCAUCCUGCUGGAUUCCCGCUUCAUCUGCAAAUACCCAACACUGGUCAAACCAGCCGAGGAGGAAAAGAUUGCCCAAAGCAAUGGGCAUGCUGAAAAAGAUGAACUUCCAUACGUUGCCUGGCACCAGGACAUGAGGUACUGGGGUAUCGCUGGUGGCCCUGUUCUUUCUGUGUGGCUCGCUUUGGAUGACUCACUAAAAGAAAAUGGUGCCCUUCAGGUUAUCCCAGGCAGCCACUGCUCUGGCAUGUUGCCCCAUCGCCAAGCCCUCCGCCCUGGGAACAUGCUGUCAGUGAACCAGGAGAUCCCAGAGGAGCUGGUGCAAGUGGAGGAAGCUCUGUUAUGCCCUCUGUUAGCUGGACAGAUGUCUAUUCAUGAUGGACUCCUUGUGCACGCAAGUGAUGCCAACACAUCACAGAAGAGACGCUGUGGGUUUGUGAUCCGUUACGUUCCCACCUGUGCUUACCCCAUAGAGGAUCCUGAUCGUCCAAGGAAGUUUCAUGCAACAAAGUUGGUCAGCGGGACAGACGCAUUCAAUCAUUUCUCCAACAAAAGCAUAUGAAUGCUUACUGCAGUCCAACUUGCAAGACCAGGAGUUAAUAUAUGUACAGAAAUAUAAUGUGUUUUUAAAGCAAAUGUUUAAGUUUAUGUGAUCAGCUACAUGAAAUGUAUCCUUUCAUUAAUCACAUGUCUACAUGACUUUUCACCUAGUAACUUGUGAUGAACCUAUGCAGAUACUAACUGCUUCCUGUUUUUAAAGAACAUUUAGAUGUAGAGAAGUGAAACCUCAGCUCGUUUUCAAGAAAAUACACACACACACACACACACAGAACAAUCUUGUAUAAAUAAAAAACGCAGACAGUGACAAAGCGCGAGUCCAUGAGUGUCUCCUGUGCGAGUGCUCUGUGACCGUCCUCGCGAGUGAAAGAACUGCAGUGUUUGUGUUUUCUAACUCAGGAGUCUUGGCUAAAGAAAGAACGGCAGGGUGAUUUAAAGAAAUCCCCUGUCAUAAACCAAUCAAAUUUCAGAUUUCUGUCAAAUUUAUUACAUUUCUGUAAUUUUAUGACAUGAUUUGCUGUGUUUAAAUUCCUUUAACACUAUAUAAUGAAUUAAUUAAAUAAUUUAAUGUGUGGAAACUGGGUUUUUUGUGCCAUAAACUGGUUUGUAAAAUUUUAAAUAAAUGGUAAAUUGCAUACAAACAAAAGAGACUCACAGCAAUUCUGUUUUUCAACUAAAAUCUUUAUAUUAUAUUAAUGAC